UCCCCCAAAUUCCCAAUGACCAAACCAAGAAAGACCAUUGAAAGAAGUUGGAAAUAUAUUAGAAUUUUGUCCACUCUUUUUAGAGAAGAAAAAUGGGAAACAACGGUUCCAGUACUUUGCCAGGAUCCUUUGUCCCAUUCUCUGGAUCAUCACCACCCAAGAAGCCUCUUGUCACUGCCUUCCAUUCUUCAUCACAAUGGAAACUCCAUUUUGAUAACUCAAAACAAACCAACAAACUGAUGGUUAUUGACUUCACAGCUACGUGGUGUGGGCCCUGCAAGCGUAUGGAACCGACCAUCAAUGAGUUCGCCGCUCAAUAUACAGAUGUGGAGUUCGUCAAGAUAGAUGUCGAUGAACUUCCUGAUGUGGCACAAUACUUUGAGGUGCAGGCAAUGCCCACAUUUGUACUGGUGAAGAAUGGGAAUGUGAUUGAUAAGGUUGUGGGUGCAGAUAAGGAUGUUCUUCAGAAGAAGAUUCUCAAACAUAGGUACUAAAUACCAACGUCAUGAUAGAUACUUCACAAAUGGAAAUUUAAUGUUGAAAGGAGAUUAUUUGGCAUUAAUUUCCAUGACAAAUUCCCAUCAAGUACAAAUAAAUUGUUGGACAUUGGCUGUUCUUAAUUAGUACUAAUUAAUUAGUAUUAAUAAUUGUUUUUAAUUUAUA